CGGCCAAAGAAUCCAGCAGAAAUCAAAGAAGCUUUUUGACAGUCUCCACUAUUUCCCUCAUAUCUACAAAACCUCAUGUCUCGAGGAACUUUUGUCUUCACAUCCACGGCCUUGCGCUCCCUCGAGCUGGACAAGGAUGCUCUGGACAGAAGCAAGUACAAAACCCAGCUGGCCUCCCAUCGCCUCAGCGCUUACAUGCAGAGGAAAGAGUCUGUGAGCCGGACGCCCUGGAGGAGCGGCGCUGGCCAGCGUCCUCUUUUAUGCCAAGACGUGGUGAUCCAAAAUGCCGUCUACACAGGGAACCUGGAAGCUCUGCAGCGACUUUUUCCAAGAGGAUCAACAGCUAAUUUCGUCAUUGAACCUCAAGGGGGGGACAUGCGUUGGGUCGCCAGGGGGGAAGGACUUUGGUCGCUCACUUAUGAGCAGGAGUUGACGACGCCGCUUCACAUUACCGCCAGUAGAGGCUUUGUGGACUGCUUGGAUCUCCUGCUGCAGCGAGGUGCAAACGUGGACCUGGCGCCCGGCGGAGUCACGGCCCUGCACGAGUCCUGCGAAAACUGUCAACCAGAGUGCACCAAGCUGUUGCUGGCUUACGGCGCCAACCCCAACGCCGUCUCUGAGGAUGGGCUUAUGCCUUUGCAUGUUUGCACAGCCCCUGAAUCUCUGGAAUGUGCCAAACAUCUCCUUCAGUACGGUGCUACGAUCAACGGUCACAGUCUGGAGGAAAACGACACCCCCUUACACGUGGCAGCCAGGCACGGCCUCCCCGACCUCGUUGACCUCUACCUGAGCUACGGAGCCGCUUUAGACGAUCGAAACGACGAGGGCUUCACACCCAUGAACUCCGCCUGCUCUCAACCUCAGGAACCACAGGACCUGGAACGCUACUUCACGGUGUGCCAGAAGCUGCUGGAGGCGGGAGCCAGCAUCCACAUCAUGGACCAGGACAAGCACACCCCCCUGCACAUGGCCUGCAAGAAUGUCAAUCCAGAAAUCGUGGAUCUGCUGCUCGCUAAGGGUGCCUGUGUGAACGACAUGGACUACGGCGGGGAGGCUCCCAUGCAUCACGUCCUGAAGGUGGUGUGUUACAAAGCGUCCCACCAGCCGGAGAGGGUUGUCCGCGCUCUUUUGAACUACGGCUCAAUCAGGGUGUGGCCUGGCGCUCUACCUACGGUCCUGAAACACUGCUCUGCAUCUCCUCGCACCAUCGAGGUUCUCCUGAACGCCUACAGUCGCCUCAAAGUCACCGACGCCUGGCUGGAGUCUGUGUCUGCAGACGUUUUUGAGAAACACAAAGACUUUUACGAGUCUGUCUUCUCCCUGGCAACGAGGCCUCGCUCUCUGCAGCAUUUGGCGCGCUGCCGGGUCAGAACCUUCCUGGAGGGGCGGCUGCUCAAAGUGGUGCCAAACCUGGAUCUGCCCACCUUCAUCAAAAACUACUUACUGCUGGAUUACAGGGGAUACGUCCACUAAAUGCACCAGUUUGGAAAAGAUCACACAUUGUGAUGCAAUGUUGACAGUAGUUGAUCCUGAUUAUUUUAAUGGUUUUUGCUUGUUGUAACCUUUUUUUUUAAUCCAAGUCAACCGUUUGAUGCUUUUGUGCCACAAGAGGGAGCUAUAGACAAGAAAUGCAAAAAGUAAAGGGAUUUGAUUGUUGUUUAAAACUUCUUUUCUUUCUUUUUUUUAUUUCCUUUUGUAAUUUUAAAUUGUGCAUUGUGUUUUUAACAUUAGGAUGAAUUAUAAUACUAUAUUUGGAUGGAUAGAUCUAUAAAAGAUUAGAUGAUUUUAGUCGAAAAUUGCUAAAAUACUUUUAAAAUAAAAUAUGUUUGUCUUUUAAAAUGUGUAUUUAAUGGGUAUUUAAUUAUGUGAUGCGAUUUUCAGAACUAUUAAAAAUAUUUGGGCUAAA